AUGUCAGCGGCUGCACCUUCAUCGCCCGCCGUAGUGCGCUCCCAGUCCUCUGCCCGCCGUCCUCACGCCGCGAACAGUCCCUCGGACCGCCCGCAUCGCUCGCAGUCGACCACAACACGCCCAACCGCUCAAUCCGUGCCGCAUUCGCACUCUCGCGCCCCGCCCCAGCAGCCCAACCUUGCAACCGUUGGCCGCCGUGACGUUGAGCAAUCCAACCUGGCGAACCCUCCAGCUACUCGUCGCAGCGAGUCGAGGGACAGGACUGCCCCGUCAGCAACACGCACCGAGUCGACCAGACGAGGGCAUCAACGCUAUGCGUCAGACGUGUCUACAGCCUCCGCCAUGCCUAUCAAUGGCGUAGCAACCGAUGCCUCGAGAUCUGCGGCACAAGCCGCCCAACCAAGGCGGCGAACAAGCAUCAAUGCACCCAGUACUGGACAGUGGAUUCUGGGAAAGACAAUUGGAGCAGGGAGUAUGGGCAAAGUCAAGCUUGCGAAGCAGGCUGAGACUGGAGAGUCGGUUGCCGUAAAGAUCGUACCCCGCCAGUCGACGGAUCAGCAUAACAGCCAAGCCGACCGGGAGCGCGCAGACCAUUCGAAGGAGGUAAGAACAGCACGUGAGGCUGCCAUCGUCAGCCUUCUAAACCACCCUUACAUCUGCGGCAUGCGCGAUGUCGUUCGGACUAAUUACCAUUGGUACAUGCUUUUCGAGUACGUAAAUGGUGGGCAAAUGCUAGACUACAUCAUUUCGCACGGUCGCCUCAAGGAGAAGCAGGCCCGCAAAUUCGCUCGCCAGAUUGCGAGUGCCCUGGACUACUGCCACCGAAACAGCAUCGUGCACAGGGACUUGAAGAUCGAGAACAUCCUCAUCAGCAAAACUGGUGACAUUAAGAUUAUCGACUUCGGGUUGAGCAACCUCUUCUCGCCUAAGAGCUUGCUGAAGACUUUCUGUGGCAGCUUGUACUUCGCAGCUCCAGAGUUGUUGCAGGCCAAACAGUACACUGGUCCGGAGGUCGACAUCUGGAGCUUCGGAAUUGUUCUCUAUGUUUUGGUGUGUGGAAAAGUGCCCUUUGACGACCAGAGUAUGCCACAGCUACAUGCCAAGAUUAAGAAGGGCCAUGUCGACUAUCCUCCUUGGCUCUCCUCCGAAUGUAAAAACCUGAUCCAUCGGAUGCUGCAAACGGACCCUGCCCAGCGAAUUACACUUUCAGAAAUUAUGACCCACCCGUGGUUAACGAAAGGAUUCAAUACACCGCCCGAGAACUACCUGCCUCACCGCGAGCCUUUGCAACUCCCUCUGGACGACGACAUCAUCGAAAGGAUGACUGGUUUUGAUUUUGGCUCUGCUGAGUACAUCAAGACACAGCUCACUCAAGUUCUGUCAUCUGACGAGUACAAUCGCGCAGUGCGCCUUGCUGUUCGGAAGACUGCAGCACACACUCCAGAGGCGGAUAAAAAGAGAGGGAUGUUCGAUUUCUACAAGCGACGAAACUCGAUUUCGAGCAGGGAACAGCUGCCCAUGUCAUCUUCGGAAGACCUUCAACGUGGUCUCGACCCCGUGAAUGCGUACAAUCCCCUCAUAUCUGUUUACUAUUUGGUUCGAGAGAAGAGAGACCGUGAGCAGCUGGAAGCCAAUCCAGGAGCAUUAGCGGUGCCUCAGAGCCCUGGUGAGAAGCCUUUGAAGAUGCCCGAUCUUCCCGCACCGGAGGCUGCCUACACAAACAGUUCAACAUACGAAAUGCAAGGCGAGAAAACUGGUGGCAGAUCUCGGCCCAGAGCACGAACUCAUGGAGAGGAUGAGGUGACAGACACCUUGCAAAAGCUCAAUCUCAAGGAGCCACCCAACGCCUCGCCUGCCGUCCUCUCUCCGCCCCCGGAACAUCCUAGGAAGGAAAGCACGGCUGUUGGGCUUCUACGUCGCUUCAGUACCAGGAAGUACAGAAACCCCGACCGGACAGAGCCGCCGCCUACGCCAGCUCUUGCUGUAUCUGGACCCUCGGAAUCUGCUAGCGUCCCCAAGAGAGGCUUCAGUGUUAGGCGCACUCGGGACAGGGAAAACCAGUCAGCCUCGCAUUUGCACCCGAGCGAUGUGAAUCAACCGGAACUCCUAUCCCCACCUGCGAAUAGCUCUAACAGCACUACUAAGAAGUUCAAGGCUCUUGGUCGCUCAACCAGUGUGAACGGUGCCGACCUUCGUAGGAGGUUGAGUCGCAGAGGCCGAUCGUCUGAAGAUCCCGGCAACCCUCCACCUACCAGCGGGUCUGAUCGUUCCAGCAUCAGCACACAGCAGAAGCAGACCAAUGACGCUGCCUCGGAAGAUUUGUCUGGAAGUCCACGCCGGACUGCAGCGUCUCGAACUAAGAGUCUUGGUCAUGCUCGUCGCGAGAGCAUCCAAGCUCGACGGGUACGCAGGGAGCAGGCUAGGGAAGCCAAUGUUCCCGAAGAGACUGAUGCAGAGCUGGCUGAAGACAAGGUGGAGACGAAUCGCAGCCCAGAUGUCAAACCUGUAUUCUUGAAGGGCUUGUUCAGCGUUUCAACGACCAGCAGCAAGCCGCUUUCGUUCAUUCAAUCCGACAUCAUCCGUGUCCUGGAUCAGCUUGGGGUCACGUAUACUGAGAUCAAGGGUGGCUUCAAAUGUCGUCACGUUCCAAGUAUUGAUACCAAGAAGGGCGUUGACUCGCCAACCUUAGCCAAUGCUCCCCCAAGUGCUGGGCAUCGUCGGCGGACCAGCUUCGCAGGGGGGAUGUUCAACCGAGAUCGCGACCGAGACGAGUUCAGAGAACAGCAAAAAACGCCUCAAACCCCGAAGUCAGGCCGUGGUCGACCUUCAAUGGCGGAUCGCAGCUACACCAACACCGAUGAAUCAGAUGCUAGUGGCGAAGACAAGGAGGACCGACAGCCUCGCUCUGGCCGCGCGUACCCCCCAGGCGAGACUACGACGCAUGUGCAAAACGACAUGGGCGGGAGCAUGGCCCUUGUCUUCGAGAUUCUGAUCGUCAAAGUACCUCUAUUGCAAUUGCAUGGCAUUCAAUUCAAAAAAGUGGAUGGGGGAACAUGGCAGUACAAGACAAUGGCUCAGACCAUUCUUUCUGAGCUGCGACUGUAA